AAAGUUAUUUAAAGAUUACAAAAAAAAGAAAAAAAAAGAAAAUGUAUUGAAAAUUUUAUGGAGUCAGAUUAGGAUACUCCAUAACUGAUUUGUCUUAACACUUAUCCCUUACAGCACACGGACAUCACAGAGACGUCUAUAUGACGUCUGCAAGACGUAUUGUUUUAAGAGUAUUUGCUCAUCUGCAUUACAUCAAUAGGACGUUUCCUAUCAGAUGUCAAUACGACGUUCAGAAGAUGUCUAUACGAUGUUUGUGAUUUAGAAUGCGUCUUAAAGACGUCUGUACACAGCAGAUGUUUUCCAGAUGAAGCAAUCUUUAACAGACCUCUUGCAGACACAUAUCUGUGCUAUCUGCCUCACAACCUUUCAAGGAAACGACUUUCACAACGAUUUAACGUUGUUAAAAGUCAUAUCUCAGAAAGCACACGUUUACGUCUGCAAGAUGUCUGUUAAAGAUUGCUCAAACAUCUCAACGUGUAUUUGAGCAAACACCUUAAUAAAUAUACUCUUGCAGAUGUAAAUGCGACGUUAAAUAGACGUGCUGUACGUGUGCUAUCAGGGGGAUAGCUUUUAAACAACAUUAAGACAAGAUUCUGUUUGUUGGACGUUAAAUGUGGUGUUUUAUUGGAAUUGUUUCAUGUUAAUGUUUAAUUUAAAAGAAGUUGAAAUGCAUCACCGACUUUAACUGCAGGCUCGUUGAAUUGUUUUAUUUCUCUGACCUCGCACUCAAACAAGCUCUGCACGGCAGAAACGAUCAUAUCCAGGGUGUUUUCACCAAUCCGGGUCAGAUUUCAUGUUGGUUUCACUUCCUAGUUGACAUGGAAGGUGCGGAACCAGGCGAACUCCUUCGUCACUCCUCCCCAGAUUCCGACGCUUUCGUUUUCUGUUUUCAUGUCGAAAAUGGCUUAAAAUUCAUUAAAAUAUAACAUAUGGUAAUAUCUCGCUCUCGCUUGAUUCCCGCUGAUUUCUGUCCUCGGACACCGACGCUGACCCGACUCCCGGCCGCCCGUCGGUGAAGCGCCCGGGCUGGAUGCAUCUUCACUAGGGCUGAUGGUGUGGUGUUGAGCAGGUUCUGUGUCCUGCUGUGAGAUGGGCUCUUACAAGAGUGAGGGCUCUCACCUGAAGCUGCUGACUUCACACAGAGAGCUGCUGGUGGAGCGGGUGAAGAACACGCAGUGCAUUCUGGACAAUCUCCAGAUGAACGGCUUCAUCUGCACCGAAGACAUCGAGAUCAUUCACCGCAGCAGCACCAGAACUGACCAGGUUCGCAAGAUCUUGGAGCUGGUUCAGAGUAAAGGAGAGGAGUGCUCUGCGUAUUUCGUACACGUUCUUCAUGAAGCCUACGACGCUUACAUUGAUCUGCGGCCUUGGUUUGAAGAAAUUCAGUACACGCCAUUAGACACCAUUAGUGUCCUACCAGUGGUGAACACAGACCCGAUUAGCAAGUACUGCGAGAAGCUCCGAUAUGAGCUGGGAAGAGACACUCAGUUCAUCACGUCGUACUCGAAGAGCGAGGAGACGCCGCUGGAGGAUCUUUACACGGACACUCAGAUGGAGCUCCUGAACGAUAGAGGCGAGAGUUUAGGAUACUUACAGAGUCUGGACGAGCUUUUGGGAGACCAGGGAGUCUUCAAUGCGCACGCCGAGACCAUCUUCAUCACCGGCGACGCUGGCGUAGGCAAAUCCAUCGUUCUUCAGAAACUCCAGAAUCUGUGGUCCAGAAGGCAGCUGAAAACCCACGCCAAGUUCUUCUUCAAGUUCCGAUGCAGGAUGUUCAGCGCCUUUAAGGAGACCGACGAGAUCUCGCUGAAGGAUCUGAUCUUUAAACACAACUGCUAUCCGGACGGCGACGUCGAUAACGAGGUCUUCACCUACAUCUUGCGGUUCCCGGAGACGGUGCUCUUCACCUUUGACGGCUACGAUGAAAUCCAAACGGAUUUCGAUUUGGACAACGUGCCGGAAACGGUUUCCCCGGAGGAGAAGACCCGUCCACUUUUGCUUCUCAUGAAUCUGCUUUGCGGAAAAUUGCUCAAAGGUUCCCGGAAGAUUCUCACUGCACGAAGUGGCACCGAGAUCCAAAGCAGAGUGAUCUGGAAGAAAGUCUAUUUGAAGGGAUUCUCCCCUGAACACCUGAAGAGGUACACAGCUUUGCAUUUCCCAGAGAAGGAACACCGGUCAAUGGUGACCGAUCAACUGGACGCCAACCCUCAUCUCUGCGGUCUUUGCUCCGUCCCGUUGUUCAGCUGGAUCAUCCUCAAGAGCUUCAAGCAUCUCCAUUCGGUGUAUGACAACUUUGAGUUGCCGGAUUCUUGCAUUACGCUCACAAACGUCUUCUUGCUUCUUUCCGAGGUCUUUCUUGGACACUCGACUGCACGUCCUGGUCUUUUAAAAGGGAGCACGCGGUGUCCUGCGGAGACUUUUAAAGCUGGAGAGCGUAAGCUUGCGGCCUUCGCUCGACUGGCGUUGAACGGUCUCCAACGAGGAGGACUCGUGUUCAGCAUGGAGGAAGUGACAUCCUGUGGAUUAGAAGACGAAGUCCUUCAGUUUGGGUUUCUGAGGCCUGCUUCUCAUUACGAUGGAUGCGGAGGCUCGGCAACCUUCGAGUUUCUCCACGAGACCCUCCAGGCCUUCCUAGCGGCGUUUGCAUUGGUGCUGGACUCCAAAAUCACUCCGGAGUCCAUUCUAAGUUUCUUCUCCAAAUGCGAAUACAAGAGGUCGUCGCAUUUCUCCUGCUUGCCUUGCUUGGGAAAGUCGAGACCUAGAGAUAAAGACCCUUUUCAAACCAACUUCCAGUUCACCAAUUUAUUCUUGUGUGGCCUCUUGUCCAAACCCAACGCCGCACUCCUGGAGCAUCUCGUUCCUCCGGCGUCAUUGAAACAGAAGCGCAAGAUGCUCAAGUCGUAUCUGUCCAACAGCGUGAGGACGCAUCUUAAAGGCCUUCCUCGAUAUCCAUCCACAGACAUUGAUGGCGACAAGGUGCAUGCAAUGCCGAACUUCUUGUGGAUGCUGCGGUGCAUAUUUGAGACGAACAGUGAGGACAUUGCAAAGAUGACGGCCAACGGCAUAUCGGCGGAUUACAUUAAGAUCGCCUUCUGUAACAUUUACUCGGCCGACUGCAGUGCGUUGAACUUUGUCCUCCACCACCGAAGGAAACACCUGGGGGUCGACAUGGACAAUAACAACAUCAACGAUUACGGCGUGAAGCAACUGAGACCCUCCUUCAGCAAAAUGACCGUAAUACGAUUUUGCGUGAAUCAGCUGACGGACAGCAGUAUUGAGGUUCUGGCAGAGGAACUUAUCAGACACAAAGUCAUUAAGGUCUUGGGGCUUUACAAAAACUACAUCACAGAUGUUGGAGCCAAACUCGUAGCGAAGAUCAUUGAAGAAUGUCCACACUUGAAGGUCGUUAAGCUUGGCUGCAACAACAUCACAGGUGUGGGCGGGAAAUACCUCGCCAGUGCAAUUCACAAGAGCAAAUCUAUCUUUGAUGUUGGAAUGUGGGGAAACACCAUCGGUGACGAGGGCGCAGAAGCGUUUGCAGAGGCUUUGAAGAAUCACCCAAGCCUCACCAAUCUCAGCCUCUCCGCCAAUGGCAUAACGUCUCACGGUGGAAGAAGUCUGGCAAAAGCACUGAAGGAAAACAAAAGCCUUCACAUCUUCUGGUUGAUACAGAAUAAAAUCUCUGAUGAUGCAGCGUCAGACUUUGCCGAUGCCUUUAGAUCCAACUCUGCUCUGACGCAUCUGAUGCUAAUAGAAAACGAGUUCACCAUUCAUGGAGCCAAAGAGAUGUCUGAAGGCCUGACUAACAACACUACACUGAAGGAAGUCAACAUUAAAGGAAGCCGGGUUUCUGAAGAAGAAGAACGACUCUAUGAGGGCGACAAGCGGCUUCGCUUCCACUGAGAAGAAACAUUAAAAACACGUGAUUUGAGAAAAGGAAGUUGGUGUAAUGCCACAGACACUGGUUUACUUCAGAAUCAGACGAACCACUGUGAAGGCAAAACCCAUUUAAGACUUUCAGGUUCAUUACAGAGCGAAUAUCUCUUUAUAGUUAAUAGAUCGGCCGGGAACAUCAAAAGCAAGUAAGUUAAUCAAUGCACAAGUUACUAAAAGCUACUUGACGGUAAGGAGAGGUUGCUAUUCGUUCCAUUAGCACAUGCAUCAUUAUAACACAAAUUUAGGAGCGUUCAUUAUAAACAACAUUUUACACGUCAAACGUAUAAGACUUAAUUUCAACUGUUAUUUCAGAAAAUAUAAUUUGGUUUCUCUACCCAGUGUUUUUAAAUAUUAUAAAUGAAAAGAAAAUACAGUUAUGGCAUCAAAAAUGCAAGUAUCGGUGCAUCCCUACUUUUUUAUAAAUAUUUCAUUUUAGAAGUAUUUUUUUAAUGCACUGCAUGAUCUUGUGAAUAAUUGUACUAUACAUUUUGUUCAUUGUUACACUUUCAGAAAGUAAAAUGCAUUGAAACACAACAAACAAACCAGGAAUAUGAGAAAAGAAUCUGCAAAUGCAUUUGGUUACGAUUAUUUGUGGAAAUAUAUAAUGCAUUACAAUACACAUUAUGAAUGUCUUAUAAUGCGUUAUACAUAAAGGCUUCAAGUGUUAUCAGGAUUUUUAAUCUAUUUUAUAAAUUCAUGUAUUUGCUUUUAUCAAUCGGAGAAAUCAUUUAAUGCAUUCAGUGAUUGUAGUGAAGUAGAUGAUUAAAAAACAUUGCAAAUAAACCUCUCUCUCUCACACACACACACACAGAAGGACAUCCAGACAAGUAUGUAAAGAUCUGUGCUUCGAAAGAUUUAGCUGUUUUUAAUCUCAUUAUCUCUGUACAUAUAUUUUUUUUUACACAUAUGGAAUGUCACAAUAUUUCUAAAUCAUUACAAAAUAAAAACCUUAUGAUCA